AUGGCCAUUAGCUCAUCAAAGGUGCUAGCAUAUUUCGACCCAUCGAAGCCGGUGACUGUGCAGACAGAUGCCAGCAAACGGGGAGUUGGAGCUACACUACUGCAGGGCGGACGACCAGUUGCAUAUGCUAGUAAAAGCUUGACAGAAACGGAAAGCAACUAUGCUAACAUUGAACGAGAAAUGCUCGCUGUAGUGUUUGGACUGGAGCGUUUUCACUACUACAUAUAUGGUAGACACGUGAUGGUAGAAUCCGAUCACAAGCCAUUACAGAGUAUUACAAACAAGAGCCUGUCAAGUGCACCAUCAAGACUAAUGCGUAUGCUAUUACGUGUGCAGAGGUAUGAUUUCGAGGUUACGUAUGUACCAGGAAAAAACAUACCAAUUGCUGAUGCAUUAUCGAGAGUUCCGAUCGCAGGGAGAGCAAUCCCUGACAUGGAUGUUAUAGUGCAUGAGAUGGUAAACGUAGUACAGACACGGUUACAGCAAAUCAAGCAGAUGACCAGUGAAGACACUGUCCUUACAACUCUCAAGGAGAUAGUUAUGACAGGUUGGCCAGAUCUACGGAAGAACUGUCCAAAGGCAAUACACGAGUAUUGGAACUAUCGAGAUGAAAUUAGCAUCUAUGACGGCAUUCUUGUUAAAGGGGACAGAGUUAUCGUUCCUAAGAAGAUGCAGGAGGAUGUGAUGAAGAAGAUACACGCAGGACAUCAAGGGGUUGAGAAGUGUCGACUGAGAGCCAGAGCAACGGUUUUCUGGUGUGGAAUUAAUGCUGACAUCGAAAAGAUGGUCAAGGAGUGCGCUGCGUGUCAAAGAAACCAGACAUCACAGGCACCGGAGCCAAUGAUACACAUUGAAGCGCAGAGACCAUGGCAAAUGGUUGGUUCUGACUUAUUCGUGUGGAAUCAGGCGCAUUACCUCAUUGUGGUAGACUAUUAUAGCUCAUUCCCAAUCGUGAGGAAGCUAUCAACCAUAACAUCAGCAGGCAGGCAGCACAACUGCAAGACCGCAGCGUUCGCGUACCUGCUAGCUCUGCGCGUGAAGCCCCUUCACUUCACAUGCAGCCUGUUACUGUCGCGUGAGCAUAUAGCUGCAACGUACCCGUACAGUGCUGCUGUGUUUGCACAGCGCACGAGCGCAGCUCUCAUAGAUCACAUGCUGAAAUGGCUCAGCGCUGAGCAGGAUUUAGCUGUAUAUGCUAAUAAGACGAUAACAUGUUACUUGGGAAAGAGAGACUUUGUGGAUCAUCUGACACAUAUCGACCCAAUAGAUGGAGUGGUUCUGAUUGACCCAGAGUACUUGAAAGACAGGAAGGUCUAUGCCCAUGUGCUCGCCGCUUUCCGCUAUGGAAGGGAAGACUUGGAUGUCCUUGGCCUCACCUUCAGAAAGGACCUCUACUUGGCCUCCAUGCAGGUGUACCCGCCUGAUCCAGCGCAGCAGAAGCCACUCACAAGGUUACAGGAACGGCUGAUCAAGAAGCUCGGCCCCAAUGCUUACCCCUUCUUUUUUCAAUUGCCGUCGUACGCGCCGGCGUCCGUCACUCUACAGCCGGCACCGGGAGACACGGGGAAGCCAUGCGGGGUCGACUACGAGCUGAAGACUUACGUCGGCGAGUCCGUGGAAGAGAAACCUCACAAAAGGAACUCCGUGAGGCUGGCGAUUAGAAAAGUAAUGUAUGCGCCCGAGGACCCCGGCCCCCAGCCGAACGCCGAGGUCACGAAAGACUUCAUGAUGAGCCCGGGACCACUACACUUAGAGGCAUCUCUGGACAAGGGGAUGUACUACCACGGAGAGUCUAUAGCCGUAAAUGUUCAGGUCACAAACAAUUCCAACAAAACAGUGAAGAAAAUCAAAAUCACAGUUAGACAGUUUGCAGAUAUAUGUUUAUUUUACAACGCGUCGUACAAGUGCAAUGUAGAAACGCAGGAAACAGAGGAUGGCUUCCCUCUCGCGGCCUGCACUACCAUGUCGAAGGUGUACUACGUGACACCGCUACUAGCCAACAACAAAGACAAGCGAGGCCUUGCUCUCGAUGGCAAGCUAAAACAUGAGGACACAAACCUAGCAUCAUCCACCAUAAUGAAUGAGUCAUUACAGAAGGAGAACCUCGGGAUAAUUGUCAAGUACACAGUGAAGGUCAGGCUCAUCGUAGCUUAUGGCAGCGACGUGUCUGUGGAGCUGCCGUUCACGCUGACCCACCCAAAACCACCCGAGUCGCCUCCGCCGAGCCGGCCGGUGAGCGCCGCCAUGCAGCAGCCCGUCGCCGACGGCAACCAGCCGGCACCCGUCGACACCAACCUCAUUCAGCUGGACACCGCCGAUGAGACCCACGUCUACGCCGACCAGGACGACGACAUCAUAUUCGAGGACUUUGCGCGCCUUCGUCUGAAGGGGGAGAUGGAAGGUGACGAAGCUGAGGCGUAGGUCGUUGCCGGCCGCCCUCCUCGCUUACACCACGCACCGCAUGCGUCCGGCGGGCACGCCUCCCAUCACCCAGCGCUGACCUCCGA